AUGCCACCAAAGAGAAGAAACUCAGAGCUCAAGAACGGAGGGUCGAGUCGUGGUGGGAAGCACCAGCACACAGCGACCGAUGACUCUUUCAACGAGCUUUUGCAGCCUGUUUAUAAAGGGAAACAACUUAGUGAUGAAAUUAAUACCGCUGAAGAUAAAUGGAAUUUAUUACCAGCUUUUUUAAAAGUUAAAGGUUUAGUUAAACAACAUUUAGAUUCUUUCAAUUAUUUUGUUGAUGUUGAUUUGAAAAAAAUCAUUAAAGCCAAUGAAAAAGUGUUGAGUGAUGUUGAUCCAGAUUUUUAUAUUAAAUAUUUGGAUAUUAGAGUUGGUGAAGCUUCUCCAGCUGCUAGAAAUAAUAUGUUACCUCCUCAUGAAUGCAGAUUAAGAGACAUGACUUAUUCAGCACCAAUCUAUGUCGAUGUUGAAUACACAAGAGGUAGAAAAAUUAUCAUGCACAAAGGUCUAGAGAUUGGUAAAAUGCCAAUCAUGUUAAGAUCAAAUAAAUGUAUAUUAGAUGGUGCAUCAGAAGCUAAAAUGGCAAGUUUAAAUGAAUGUCCUUUAGAUCCUGGUGGAUAUUUCAUUGUUAAUGGUACUGAAAAAGUUAUUUUAAUUCAAGAACAAUUAAGUAAGAAUCGUAUCAUUGUGGAAGCUGAUGAAAAGAAACAAAUUGUUCAAGCUUCAGUUACUUCAUCUACACAUGAAAGAAAAUCUAAAACUUAUGUUGUCACUAAAAAUGACAAGAUUUAUUUGAAACAUAACUCUAUUAGUGAAGAAGUUCCAAUUGUUAUUGUCUUAAAAGCUGCAGGUAUCAUUUCAGAUUUGGAAAUUAUGCAAUUAGUUUGUGGUGAUGAUGCUGCUUAUCAAGAUUCAUUUGCAAUUAAUUUCGAAGAAUGUGCUAAAGUUGGUAUUUAUACUCAACAACAAGCUUUAGAAUUUAUUGGUGCAAAAGUUAAAACUAUGAGAAGAGCUAAAUUAUCAAUUUUACAAGAAGGUAUUGAAGCUAUUGCAACAACUGUUAUUGCUCAUUUAACUGUUAAUGAUUUAGAUUUCAGAGAAAAAGCCUUAUAUAUUGCCUUGAUGACAAGAAGAGUUGUUAUGGCUAUGCAUAACCCUAAAAUGGUUGAUGAUAGAGAUUAUGUUGGUAAUAAACGUUUAGAAUUAGCUGGCCAAUUAAUGUCAUUAUUAUUUGAAGAUUUAUUUAAAAAAUUCAAUACAGAUUUCAAAGCAAAUAUUGAUAAAAUUUUAAGAAAACCAAAUAGAGCUACUGAAUUUGAUGCUUUAUUGAAUAUUAAUAUCCAUUCUAAUAACAUUACCACAGGGUUAAAUAGAGCCAUUUCUACAGGCAAUUGGUCAUUAAAGAGAUUCAAGAUGGAAAGAGCAGGUGUUACACAUGUUUUAAGUAGAUUAAGUUAUAUAUCGGCUUUAGGUAUGAUGACCAGAAUUUCAUCACAAUUUGAAAAAUCACGUAAAGUUUCAGGUCCAAGAGCUUUACAACCUUCACAAUUUGGUAUGUUAUGUACUUCAGAUACACCAGAAGGUGAAGCAUGUGGGUUGGUUAAGAAUUUAGCUCUUAUGACACAUAUUACCACAGAUGAUGAAGAAGAACCAAUUAAAAAAUUAUGUUAUUUGAUUGGGGUAGAGGAAAUUUCAGUUAUUGAUAGUGCUUCUUUACAUGAUAAUUUUGGUGUUUAUUUAAAUGGUACAAUUAUUGGUACUACAAGAUUCCCAACAAAAUUUGUUUCAUUAUUUAGAAAUUUAAGACGUACAGGUAAAGUUUCAGAAUUUAUUUCAAUUUAUAUUAAUUCACAUCAAAAAGCUGUUCAUAUUGCAACAGAUGGUGGUAGAAUUUGUCGUCCUUUAAUUAUUAUUGAAAAUGGUGAAUCAAAAGUUAAAGCUCAUCAUUUAUUAAAAUUAAAACAAGGUAAAUUACAGUUUGAUGAUUUCCUUAAACAAGGUCUUGUUGAAUAUCUUGAUGUUAAUGAAGAAAAUGAUUGUUAUAUUGCAUUAUACGAAAGAGAUAUUACUGAAAAAGCAACUCAUUUAGAAAUUGAACCAUUCACUGUGUUGGGUGCUGUUGCUGGUUUAAUUCCUUAUCCACAUCAUAAUCAAUCCCCACGUAAUACAUAUCAAUGUGCGAUGGGUAAACAAGCAAUUGGUGCAAUUGCUUAUAAUCAAUUCCAUCGUAUUGAUACAUUAUUAUAUUUGAUGGUUUAUCCACAACAACCAAUGGUUAAAAGUAAAACAAUUGAAUUGAUUGAUUAUGAUAAAUUACCAGCUGGUCAAAAUGCUACAGUGGCAGUUAUGUCAUAUUCAGGUUAUGAUAUUGAAGAUGCUUUAGUCUUGAAUAAAUCAUCAAUUGAUAGAGGUUUUGGUCGUUGUCAAGUUUUAAGAAAAAACACAACAGUUUUGAAAAGAUAUCCAAAUCAUACAAAAGAUAUCAUUGCUGGUAUGAGAGUUAAAGAUAAUGGUGAACCAACUUUCCAACAUGCUUCAUUAGGACCAGAUGGUUUAGCUGAAGUUGGUACAAGAGUUGAAUCAGGUCAAGUUUAUAUCAAUAAAUCCAUUCCAACAAAUGCAGCAGAUAGUAUAAUGAAUCAAGAUACUGGUGAAUAUAGAGAAACACCAGUUGUUUAUAAAGCUCCAGAACCAAGUUAUAUUGAUCAAGUUAUGAUGACGACGUCAGAUAAUGAUCAAGAAUUAAUUAAAGUGCUAUUAAGACAAACAAGAAGACCAGAAUUAGGUGAUAAAUUUUCGUCAAGACAUGGUCAAAAGGGUGUUUGUGGUAUUAUUGUUCAACAAGAAGAUUUACCAUUUAAUGAUGAUGGUAUUUCACCAGAUAUUAUUAUGAAUCCUCAUGGUUUCCCAUCUCGUAUGACUGUGGGUAAGAUGUUGGAAUUAGUUAGUGGUAAAGCUGGUGUUUUAAAUGGUUCAUUAGAAUAUGGUACAUGUUUUGGUGGUUCUGAUUUGGAAGAUAUGUCCAAGAUUUUAAUGGAUAAAGGUUUCAAUUAUUCAGGUAAAGAUAUGUUAUAUUCAGGUAUAACAGGUGAAUGUUUACAAGCUUAUAUUUUCUUUGGACCAAUUUAUUAUCAAAAAUUAAAACAUAUGGUUUUAGAUAAAAUGCAUGCAAGAGCAAGAGGUCCAAGAGCUGUUUUAACAAGACAACCUACUGAAGGUAGAUCAAGAGAUGGUGGUUUAAGAUUAGGUGAAAUGGAAAGAGAUUGUGUUAUUGCAUAUGGUGCUUCACAAUUGUUAUUGGAAAGAUUAAUGAUUUCAUCUGAUGCAUUUGAUGUUGAUAUUUGUAAUAAGUGUGGAUUAAUGGGUUAUAAUGGUUGGUGUACUUCAUGUAAAAAUGCAGAAAAUGUUAUUAGAAUGCAAAUUCCAUAUGCUGCAAAAUUAUUAUUCCAAGAAUUAUUAUCAAUGAAUAUUGCACCAAGAUUAAAAUUAGGUGAUGUUUUCUGA